AUGGAAUCUACAAAAAGUGCAAAGAUAGAUAGAUCCUAUCAUAGAAGUCAAAUAAAUAAAAAUGAUCUUUAUUUCAUUUUAAAUUCAUUCUAUUUUAAUUGUGUUUGUGCACAGAACAAUAGUACGGUUGUUAUUACACUGUUCGUAGAUGCAACCAGUCAGUUUAAUAUUACAGACUGUGGCACUGUUGAAAGUCCUUGUCCAUCAAUGACCGAUGCAUUCACACUCUACAGCAAUAAUGCUCAGUAUUCUAGUAGCAAUACAUCGCUUGUCAUUCAGCUGUUUGCCGGUACUUAUAGUGGUGCCAACAAUCAACUUAACCUCUUUGGCUACAAUGUAACCAUUCAACCUUAUAACAAUGGUAAUGUGACUGUCGACGGUCAGAAUACAAGUGGUUUCUUAACAAUCAACAAUAUCAACCGAAACAACAACGUUACAACAAACAACAACGUUACAACAAACAACAACGUUACAACAAACAACAACCCAAUUACAACCGUAGUGAAUAUCGAGAGCAUAAACUUUAUCAACCUUAACAGUAGUGUGAAUGGCGGCUUUGGUUCUCUUGUAUAUGUGAAUACUUCACAGUCGUUGGUCAACCUGAAUCUCACUGGCUGCAAUGUAUCAAACUCGCUACAUGCCAUCUCCACACGUAAUUGGAACAGUACUAAUCUGAACAAUACUUUGUCAAUCACCAACUGUAUUUUCCAAUUGAGUACCGAUGUCUUGAACAUCAAUGGUCCAUUCAACGCGACUGUUACCAACUCUCAAUUCUUAAACAAUACCAUUGCGCUUUCAGUAAACAAUGUAAACUCUCUCAAUAUCACGGGAUCUCUGUUUGUUGGUAACAACGUCUCGACAAUCUACGCCUAUGCAUCGCAAUUGCAAAUCUACUCUUCGGCACUAAGUGGUAAUCAAGCCAACAACGGUGCUGCCAUCAUGUUUAUCUCUAUGGAUUCAAUGUAUACUAUGCUCGUACAAAACUGUUCGUUCAGCAAUAACACUGCCUAUUUCAACGGAGGUGCUGUUGCCGCAAUGACUUCGGUUGCCAACAUCGGCAUCUCCGAAAGCCAAUUCAGCGAUAAUCGUGCACUUACGGGUGGUGGAGGGUCGUUCUACGGCGAGUCACUUAAUAGCUACAGCAUAUUGACAUCGACCUUCGACUCUAGCCACUCUACAAUGGGUGCUGCAUUCUGUCUCAACAACACUGCCGGUUCAAUGAGUAAUCUCUACAUAACAAAAUCAAACGAAUACUCGACAUUCAACGAAACACAUCAAGGCGGAGCCAUCUAUACCUACGGAUCAACACUCGAUCUUAAUAUUGUUACAUUUAUCAAUAACACAGCCAACAAAGGAGGUAGUAUCUUUUGUUCGAAAUCAACGAUUAAACUCGACAACUGUACAUUCGUCAACAACACAGACUUUACACAUACCAAAAACGAGGUCGACAACAUAUUCUGUGACAGCAACGAAUGCACUCUCCAGACCAACGGGUCAUCCGAGCACUUCUGUAAAGCAGUGCCAAUUAUCACACCUAAAUCACUACCUGUCGGUGUAAUCAUUGGAAUUGUGAUAGGAUGUGUUUUAGGUUCAUUCUUAAUCAUUCUCGUAGUUUUGUUAGUAUUAAAGAGAGGUUCAAGUUCCCAAUUUGAACCACUUUUAAGAAAGAAUAUUAAUAAAACUGUUUAG